AUGGAGGGUGGAAACCACACCAGCGUGACAGAGUUCAUCCUCUUGGGGUUAACAAAGGAUCCUAUACUUUGUGUUAUCUUAUUUGUAAUAUUUCUAGCAGUCUAUAUUGUUAUGUUAGCAGGCAAUAUCAGCAUAAUCAUAUUAAUAAGAACAUGUUCCCAGCUGCACACCCCAAUGUACUUCUUCCUCAGUCAUUUGGCUUUUGUUGACAUUGGGUGCUCCACAUCAGUCAUGCCUGUCAUGCUUAUAGGGUUACUCAGACAUAGAAUGGCCCUCCCUGUGGCUGGCUGUGAGGUCCAGCUUUGUUCUAUGGUCAUGUUUGGGUCAGUUGAUUGCUUUCUGCUGGCUGCCAUGGCCUAUGAUCGCUAUGUGGCCAUCUGCUUGCCCCUGCUCUACUCCACCUACAUGUCUUCUUGCCUCUGUAGCCUCUUAGUGGGAGUUUCCUACAUAGGUGGGUGUUUGAAUUCUUGGUCAUUUGGCAGCUGUUUACUGAAGCUGUCUUUUUGUGGCCCAAAUGAGAUAGACCACUUUUUCUGUGAUUUUGCCCCUUUAGUGAAACUUUCCUGUUCUGAUGUCUCCAUUAUUCAAAUUAUCCCUUCCAUCACUUCCGGAUCCAUCCUUAUGGUUACAGUGUUUGUCAUGGUUCUUUCUUAUGUCUUCAUCCUCAACACCAUUCUGAAGAUGCGCUCCACAGAAGGACGACACAAGGCCUUCUCCACCUGCACCUCCCACCUCACAGCCGUCACUCUCUACUAUGGAACCAUUACUAUCAUAUACGUCUUGCCCAAAUCCAGCUACUCAACUGAUCAGAACAAAGUGAUAUCUCUGUUCUACACACUGCUGGUCCCCAUGUUGAAUCCCCUCAUUUACAGUCUGAGAAACAAAGAUGUCAAGGAGGCUCUGAAAAAGGCAACUAUCAGAAGAUAUUCUUAG